AGAAAUACUGAAACAGCAUUCGGAUAAAAUGAAGCCAUCAACGCACUUUACACUGGUGGCGUCUUUCUUGGCGCUCCUGAUCCUCAUUUCACGAGCUCAAGGUGGCUACGUCGGCUGCUACGAGGGUAGGACGGGCGGUGUCUCUGCCGGACGCUACAAUACUUCGACCGUAGAUCCUACCACGUGUCAAACCACGUGUGGCACUCAGCAGUUCUCUUACGCCCGCCUGUACGACGGGCGGUACUGUUUCUGCUCCAACGCCUUGCCCAGCGUCUUAGUGAAUGACAGCCAUUGCGAUGACCCCUGCACCGGAGAUGCCCUUGAGAAGUGUGGCGGGGACAGGCACGUCAGCGUCUACCACGUUGGUGCCGAGAUCCAGGGUUUACGCGUCACUGCCGGGGUGUUUACCGCGGGUGUGGAAGGGGCCAUAGAGGUCGCCGUCACCAAGGGCAGUGGAGUGGUGUAUGAGGUGGAUUACGGGGACGGCACUGGGAGGACGGAGGCGAACGCUACCGAUUUUGACAGGAAGACUUACGUCAUGCCGGGACGUUACGCCGUUACCGUGUACGCCAGAAACGCCGAUGGAACCUAUGAGAACAAGUCCACUGCAGUGGCGGUGUCUGUGCACGAGCCUGUGCAGGGGGUACAGCUGGUCUGCCCCCAGCUGAUUGGCGUCUUGCAGGAAGUCCGCUGUAACGGCACUGUCAACGCCGGCAGUGACAUGAAGGUGACAGUGAAAUAUGGGGACAUGCAGAACGAGACCUUUGCCAUUGCUGACGCGGGUCACAGUACUGUGGGACCCUCAAUCCCCGAGCACGCGUCCACUGUAGACAGCACCAGCUCUAACGACGUCCAUCUCAUGCCUCAGUCCGAGGUAAUGGACCCAGGCACCAUUACAGCGUGGGAGUACUAUGCGGACAUUCCCGGGAAUGUGGCUUUCUUGAUUUUCCGUCCCAAGUGUCCGACCGGAGAACAAUACUGUCACGUGGAGAAUAUAUGCAACAGCACGUGCACUUUGUCGCCUAGGCAACACAGCUGCUCCAACGGAUUGUUUUCGUCAGUGCGGGGCAGUUGCGUUAACGCCACAGGCGGGGUUAGUACGGAGCCAGAUCGAUCGUCAGCCAGACCACCCGAGUAUACCAUAGUUGAGUCUAUCAGUCACGUGAUCGCAAGUCGUGGAUAUGGGGUUCUUAGUCCUAGCAAUGCAGUGGAUGUGACAUAUGGUGACGUCAUUGGGUACCGCGGGAUUGCGGGGCUCUUGGGAACACGUGUGACGUCGAGGGGAGAGCAACCAGACUUGAACUACACCGCCAUCACCAACGCAGUCAUUGGGGACGUCCUCACGACCAGCAAUUUUGCUGGAUUGGUGCAGCACCGUCACCUCCUGCGCGUGGUGACGAGACGCCCUUCAAACGUCCUGAUAUUCCACAAGUACGCCAGCGAGGGCCAGUACCGGGCGGACUUCGCCGUAAGCAAUGACAAGAUCAACUCCACUGUGACCGUCUCGUCCCAGAUCGAAGUGUGGCCGGCCAUUAAUCAGACGCUUCUUGAUGAGCCACCGGCUUACGCUGAAAUAUCGAAACCCAUUAACUUCACACUGUUGCCUCACACGGGCCGUAAUUUGACAUAUGAGUGGACGUUCAGUGAGGGUACCGCUGUCUCCACCACCAUUCCCAGUGUCACCCACACUUACACAACCAUCGGGCCUCACAACGUCAGCGUGCGCGUCUUUAACGGCCUCUUCGAGAACAGCACCUCGUCCUCGCUGGUCAUCCAGGAGCCCUUGCAAGGGGUGGACAUCAUCACUGACCACGCUCAACUUAACACUCUUCACAACAUCACUCUGAACGUGACCGGCGGGACAGAAUACUCUUGCGACGUGGACUUUGGGGACGACACCUCGGUAGUGACGAUUCCAGUCUCCCAGCUGGUUGGGAUGGUCCAGGUGGGGCACGUGUACACCAUAGGCGGAAUUCACACGAUCAUCGUGUCUUGCUACAACAUGAUCAGCCGGGUCAACGCCACCCAUGAUAUCCCCCUGGGGGUGCCAAUCACAGGGCUGCGAUUCCUCAAGGAGUCCGCCAUAGUCGGCGUGCCGUACGAGAUAACGUUUGCCAUAGACACGGGCUCUAAUGUCACUUUCGAACUGUUCUUUGCCGGGACACCUAUCACUAGUGUGAGAUUCGACCCCAACACCAUGACUGGUGAUUGGGGUGCAGGGUUGUACACCAGCGCCUCCCCCUCUGUCAAUGAGCUCACUUUACGGGCUAUCAACACGGUUGGCACGGAAGAGAUAUCCGUCAAUUUCACCACGGAAGAGGCGAUCCCUCGGCCUACGCUGUCCGUGGAUCACACGAUGUUCCAGGUGGGCGGUACGGCCACUUUCAAGCUGAUGAUUACAGCGGGCACCAGCGUAUCUAUCGUGUGGGACUAUGGAGAUGGCAGCAGAGAGACAUAUUCCAUACCGGUCACGUCUGCCUGGGUGCAACAGGUGCCAAGCUUGUCAAUCACGCGAAACCACACCUACGCCGCAGGGGGCACGCCCAUCGCUACGAUCAUAGUAGCUAAUGCAUACAGUAACCACACGUUUACACAGCAGAUAGACGUCAUAACACCAAUUUCCAAUUUGAGCCUUGCAAGCAACAGUCCCGUUGCUUACAUACCACCAGGAACUGCCUCUAUCAUGGUACUACAAGGGGGCGGAGCACCCGUUGCCGGGGCAACCAUCAAGAUUGACUGGGGUGAUGGAACGGCUGUGGAAGUCAAAGACCUGGACGUCGGUUUCAACUACUACCACGAGUACGAAGCCAAAGGCAACUACCGAGUCACCGCCAAUGUUUCCAACCCGAUUAGCUUCAUGUGGCUUGAAACUGGUUUUCUGGUUGCGGAACCGGUCACCGACCUCCGACUGAGCACCGUGCCCCCUCAUGUCCCGGUCGGACAGCCUUGUGUGCUGGUCUUGACCAUGUACCAGGGAGAGAACGUCACGUUCUACGUGGACUUUGGUGAUAGUUCCGGACUUGUAACCAAAACAAGAGAAGGCACUACCCCGUUGGACGAGGACACAGUCACUCACUCGUACUCUACCACAGGGAACUAUACAAUCACCGUGAUAGCCAGCAAUAUGAUGGGGAACACCACCAAGACGUACGUGAUAGCGGUCCAGAACCCUGUGCAAAACGUCACCUUUGACGUCAGUUCCGAUGCCCCCAGGCUAGGCAUUGGUGCAGUACAAAUAACCAUAGAUUUCACUACGAGUCCACCAAGCCAUGACAUUCCCAGUGAGGCGACUAUUUCUGUGGAAUGGGAAGCCGGGCAAAUUGACAGCCUCCCCUUUGACUGUGCGGCUAACUGCCAAAGGGUACUGUCACACACCUUUAACGUACCUGGCGUCCACACCAGUAAUGUCACCAUCUAUAAUCUGGCCUCCACGGUCACCUACACUGUUGAUACAAGCGUGUAUGAAACCAUCACGUCUAUCGGGGCAACGGCAAUGUACCAACCUCUGAUCCCGAUAGGUGGCCCUGAUAUCGUUGGAAUCGGACCAAAUCGGGUCGCAUUUCCUUUGAACCGACCAGUCAAAUUCCACGUCAAUACAUCAGGUACUGUAAAAGAUUAUGAACUCACGGCCCAUGAUGAGAAUCUCAACGUUGUCUUGCACUGUAUUCAUACGUCCUGGCCGCUGACGACACUGUUUGAUACGGCCAAUAACUAUACGGUGAAUAUAACGGCACGAAAUCCGUUUUCUUCUGAGAGCGUCGUUCUGAACAUCUAUUUGGGGGAGCCAGUGGAUAUCCUCGAGAUCAAAGAGAACGGCACAACGGUCACAGGCCCCGGGGAAAACAAGACAUUUUUGGUCGUCUUCAACUCUACUGGUUCCGACUCCUGUGUGUACGUAGCUUUCGACAACGACCCGUAUGGCGUGUACGGAUGGCGCGACGCCUGCUACAAGAACUAUGCGUCGUCCGUGCCAUAUCUGGGUGUCAUUCCCGUAGGUGUCCUCUCUAUCACUACUGUGUUUCCUGACAUAGGGGACCACCAGAUGAGCGUCCGAGGUUUCAAUCCUUUCACUGACACCACCGUCAACUUGAGUUUUCCUAUCUCCAAUGUGCAGUGCCAGAAGCCCCAAGUCUCCAUAGACCAACAGAAGGAGUUGUUCUAUGACCCGCGAGUCGUGCACAUGAAGGACAGCUUUCAACUAACCGGGAUCACGGUGAUUAAAUGUCAAGUUACUCUACUUAACGACAAACAAUGGACGCUUGAAGAGGUGGACGGCACAACCGGUGACACCAUCAGAACCAUUGACAUAUCCUCGAUUCCAUCGGCCAUGAGUGAGGAGAUCGUCCUUCCGAAGAGAUAUCUUCCCUAUGGGGUCUACAAGUUUACCUUCACGGUUCAGAUGCGGCGGGACCAGUUCCCAGAGGGAGACAUAUUUGAGAGAUCUACUGCGACGCACGUGCGCGUGUCCGAGUCCCCUCUUGUGGUGGUUGUAUUGGACGGGGGUCUUACUAAAGUAAAGCGUGGACACGGUAGGAAUAUAACGUUAUCUCCGGGAGUGUACUCAAAGGACCCGGAUUUAGACCCGACCGCUGACCAGGUGCGUAUGCCAUGUUACAGCCUGUUCUUUUGA